GACGAUCAAAUGCGCAGAAUCAAUUUUAUGUUGUUUCUGUUCACUGUUCAUUGCACAUUAAUCCCCCCCUUUAAAAUUAACUUAAAAAAUUAAAAAACGUACAUUUACACCGAGUCGCACUUUGUCAAAGCAGACUCAUUACGUCACGCCAGUGCUGUCAGAAGCCGGUGGAUCCAAAUGUAGCCUACUCAAGCAAACGCUUAAGCACUUUAGCAGUGUAGUGUGGAAGAGAGGCGCAAGUACCAUAAUAAUCCAAACCGCACUUAUAAAACAUAGUACGUUCUAGUGUAGAGGGGUCGUCAUUUAUGCGAACUGCAAUGGAACAGAAGGGACAGUCGAAAGGACACUUCGUUUUUUCCAAGGGUUAUACGACUGUUUCCGCCGUAAUUCACCGCGCUCUCAUCUUCAGCUUGCUCCAGUGGGUAUCAGGGGCUAAAGAGAACCUACCUCUAUGUGGAGAGGCAGACUACUAUUUUGAGUACACGGAAUGUGACAGCACGGGGUCCCGGUGGCGGGUAGCCAUCCCACGCACUCAGGGUGCCUGCGCUGGCUUGCCAGACCCCGUCAGCGGCACCGAUUGCGCUUUCUCCUGUAAUGCCGGUGAGUUCCUGGAGAUGUCCAACCAGCAGUGCACACAGUGUGCUGCUGGCACCUACUCUCUGGGCAGUGGGAUCCGCUUUGAUGAGUGGGACGACAUCCCAGCCGGAUUCACCAGCCUGGCAACUUACAUGACCAGCAGCCCUGCGGGAGAAGAGGCCCUUAGCUGCAACAGCUCCACCUGGGUGCCCCAGGGGACCCACCUGGAGUCCAACCGGGAUGAGUGCACUGUGUCCCUGAUCUAUGCAGUCCACCUCAAGAAACAGGGCUCUGUCUCCUUUGAAUACCAGUAUGUGGACAGUAACAUCUUCUUUGAGUUCUUUAUUCAAAAUGAUCAGUGCCAGGAAAUGGACCAAACAUCGGACAAAAAGUGGAUCAAGCUGACCAACAGUGAAGAGUGGGGGAAUCAUACUGUGGACUUGAAGUCUGGUACAAACAUCCUCUACUGGAGGACAACUGGUGUUUUACUAGGUUCUAAAAUCAUUAAACCGGUACUGCUGAAAAAUAUUCAGAUCGAAGGUGUAGCCUACACAUCCGAGUGCUUCCAGUGCAGACCAGGGACCUUUAGCAAAACUCCAGGCUCCUCUUCCUGUGAACUGUGUCCCAGGGAUACCUACUCUGGCAAAGGAGCCAGCUCCUGUACCCACUGCAACAAGGAGACACAGUUCUCAUCUGAAGGGGCUACAGAGUGCAAGGAGAAACCAGCCUGUUCGGAGAAAGACUAUUUUCAGAUCCACACACCCUGUGACAGCGAGGGGAAGACGCAGAUCAUCUACAAGUGGAUCGAGCCCAAGAUCUGCGUGGAGAACGUGACGGGCUCGGUGGCGCUGCCCCCUUCUGGGGAAAGACAGCCAUGCCCACCAUGUAACCCCGGCUUCUACAACAAUGACACAGCCAACUGCUCCCCCUGUCCCACUGGCACCUACUCUGAUGGCAUUAAAGCAUGUGAGAAGUGCCCAGCAGGCACAGAACCAUCCCUGGGCUAUGAGUUCAAAUGGUGGAACACGCUACCCUCCAUUAUGAAGACGUCCUGCUUCAAUGUGGGCAACUCCAAGUGCGACGGCAUGAACGGAUGGGAGGUGGCGGGGGAUCACAUCCACAGUGGAGCUGGGGGCUCGGACAAUGACUACCUCAUCCUGAACCUCCGCAUCCCUGGUUUCAAACUCCCCACAUCAAUGGAAGGAACCACAGGCAGAGAGUUUGGCCGCAUUACCUUUGUGUUUGAGACCAUCUGCUCUGCCGACUGUGAGCUCUACUUCAUGGUGGAUGUGAACAGGAGGAGCACCAAUGUGGUGGAGUCUUGGGUGGGCAGCAAGGAAAGGCAGUCCUACACCCACAUUAUGACCAAAAAUGCCUCCGUGUCCUACACCUGGGCUUUCCAGAGGACCAGCCAGGCCCAAGAUAUCAGGCAGUUUGUCAACGACAUUGUGAAGAUCUACUCCAUCACGGUGACCAACGCCCAGAAUGGGGUGGCCUCCUCUUGCCACGCCUGUGCCCUGGUGUCCCAUGACCCUGGCACCUCCUGUGUCCCCUGCCCUGCUGGACACUACAUCGAUAAAGAAACCAACCAGUGCAGGGAGUGCCCACCAGACACCUACCUCUCCGGGCACCAAAUCUACGGCAAGGAGGCCUGUCUGCCCUGUGGUCCCGGCAGCCAGAGCAACAAGGAGCACUCUCUCUGCUUCAGCGACUGCACAUUCUCGCACGCGGCGCGCAACCGGACCCUGACCUACGACUUCAGCCAGCUGGGCCCCGGGGGCUCCAUCAUGAACGGGCCCAGCUUCACUUCCAAGGGCACUAAGUACUUCCACUUCUUCAACAUCAGCCUGUGCGGACGUGAGGGUGAGAGGGCGGCCGUUUGCAAUGACAAUGUGACAGACCUGUCCAGCAAGAACCUGCUGAGAGAGCCCAGCGAGUUAAUGAACAACGUGGAGACCUUCAUUUGUAUGUCAACUAUCAUUCCCUCUGAUGGGCGGGGCUUCAGGACAGCUGUCUCCUCCCAGUCCAUCAGCUUGGCAGACAUUUUCCUGGGUGCAACAGUGGAAAAUGCACUCAGCGGUAUCAGUGUGAGCCCAGAUCUCUUCAGCAAAACAUCAAAGGGACUGCCUGAUGUCAACUUCUUCUACCGGUCUCCUCAAGCAACAUCAUCUUGUGAAACAGGACGGAAUGCGGUCACCAUAUUGCGGUGUAACCCAGAGACAACCAACCGGGGAGACCUGACAGUGUCCAGUAAGUGUCCAGCAGGGACCUGUGAUGGCUGCACUUUCUACUUCCUGUGGGAGAGUGCAAGUGCUUGCCCACAGUGCACCGAGGCAGACUACCACAAAAUUGAGGGGGCUUGCAAAGGUGGCAUUCAGGACACCCACUAUGUGUGGAAUGAGCCAAGGCUGUGCACUAGAGGAGUCUCUCUCCCAGAGAAGAGGUCCUCUCCCUGUGAGGCCAUAGACUUCUGGCUGAAACUGGGAGCAGGGACUGGGGCCUUCACUGCCGUGCUGCUCAUAUCUCUCUCCUGUUACUUCUGGAAGAAGAAUAAGAGGCUGGAGUAUAAAUACUCCCGGUUGGUGAUGUCGGCCAAUAAGGAGUGCGAGCUGCCAGCGGCUGACAGCUGCGCCAUCAUGGAGGGUGAGGAUAAUGAAGAAGAGGUGGUGUACUCCAACAAACCCUCGCUCCUAGGAAAAUUCAAGUCCAUUGCUGCAAAGGGUAAUGACGAAAGCUGUGAGUCUGUCCAGCUGAAGCCCAAGCCAGAGCGGUGGGUGUGGGGGUAAAGGGCCGGGAGACAUUUUAUGACUGAAAAACCCACCCUUAACAAGCCCGUGAAAUGACCCACCAAUCUGGAACUCAGCCUGUGAAGAUAUUCAUGGCCGUUGGCCUCAACAAAGUUAUAAUUGGAAAUGUGGGAAGUGCCCUACCAGCAUUCAAAAUGGAGGCUGAUGGCGCUAAGUUACCUGGAAGUAACAUAUGCUAAGGAAGAGAUAUACGCUCACAAAAAUACACUUUACCGACAUGCGUUCCAGGAGUGUCUUGCUGGCUGUUUCUUGAUCCUGUUUUGCCAGAUGUGCAGGUCGCUUUUUUUGCAAUGAGCUCUUCCAUCAUACGUUUUAAGCGUUCCCACUUGUCAGGUGUGAAAAGGCUGAAUGGCUGAGACUCCCAUGCUGCAGCGUGCUGUGACAUUGGCCAACCACCACGCAUUUAAUUGAGCAGUGGGGACAGAACAUGGAGAAGCAUUGCACAAGAUCUCCAUGGUGGUAUGGCGUUCCAGUGUCCGCGGACAGUAUCUGAAGCAAUCUGAUGUGAAAUAUCAGCUGGAUGGCUGUGCUAAGGACUACUUCUUCUUGUUUGAUAUUUAAUGGUUGUGUGCUUGUAUUUUGUUUCCUUAUGGUGUCCUGUAUUAUGUCUGCCACAUUAAAUUGUUGUCACAUGAAUGUUUAUGGGAUUGCACACUGCUUGAUAAUGUCCACAUCCAGUUGUCUGUUUUGUACCUCAAUGAUGCUCAUGGCCCUGGUCAGGUGACCCUUUCAGACCUCCGAUUGAGGCUAUGUUCUGUAUCUGACUGAAUAAGUACUCUGUCAGAUCAUUUCAGCCCACAAAUUCCUUGAAUCUUUGCCUUUCCAUCACAUAAUUUCAUUAAAACUGACUGCCAUAAAAAUA